AUGCAGAUCCGACGCUGCUUCGGCUUUCCCGACCGCCGGUUGUUGAUUCACGACUCCGGGAAGCUGCAGUUUCUCGCCCUGGCGUUAAAAGAGCUCCGCCGGGAGGGUCAUCGGAUGCUGCUUUUCACCCAGUUUGUGCAGAUGUUGAACAUUUUGGAGCGCUUUUUGGGGCUGAUCGGGAUCGCGUACCUCCGGCUCGACGGCGCCACCCCGGUGGCGCGACGGCAGGAGAUCGUGGAUCGGUUUAACACCGACGACCGCCUCACCUGCAUGAUUCUUUCCACCCGUUCGGGCGGGAUCGGGCUCAACCUCACGGGCGCCGAUACCGUGAUCUUCUACGACAGCGAUUGGAACCCGACGAUGGACCUCCAGGCGCAGGAUCGCUGCCAUCGCAUCGGGCAAACGAAGCCCGUCACGAUCUACCGCCUCGUGAGCGAGCACACUGUCGAGGAGAGCAUCCUGCAAAAGGCGCGGGAGCGGAAAAAGCUGAACAACGUCGUCAUCCGCGGCGGGCAAUUCCACGCCAUCGUCGACGUGACGACGGAGUACGACGACAGCGCGGCGGCCUUCGCCGCGCUCUCCGACCCCGUCAAUCUACGGCAUUUCUUCCACGACCUUGACGAGGACGCGGUGGUGCCGGUCGAGCCGAUUCAACCCGCCGCUGCCGCGUCUGCUUCGCCUGGGGCGCUCUCCACGGCGGAUAUUUUGCGCGAAAUGGGGAAUGUCGAGGACGACGAGGAUCGCGAGGCGCAGAUGCAGCUGGAGCGCGAGCUUCGCCAACGACGCGACGACGAGGCCGCCGAGGUUGGGGAUCCGGAGGAGGAGGGAAACGAACGAGGCGGCGCCGGCGCCGGCGGCGGUGAGGGGGGGGGCUCCCCGAUUGCAGACGAUUCCGCCACGUCGUUCAAUCCGAGCGAACAAGACGAACUCCUCCGCGCGCUGUUCUCGGAACCCCCGGAGGAAGGAUUCUACCACGGAUCAUCCCUUCUUCGCGAACCCCAUCUCCAGCGGGCGCUCCGCAAACGUCGUCGGGAGUUGCUGUCAAAGACGGCGCGGACGCCGUUGGAUAAAUUUUUAACCGUCCGCUACGGGGAGUUUUGCGAGGAAGACGCCCGCGCGCGGUACGACGCGCUUUGCGUUUCUUAUCAAGAUCAGCUCGGUGAUGUGAGCAACAACGAGGAGUUACCCCACUUUAGAACAAAAAUUGAUCUUUGA